AUGUGCCACAGAGUGCCAUAUCAAACUCCGUUCGUGUUCUGUAUUGCCAUCAUAUUUGUAGUAAACAUCACCUUAUAUCAGUUCAACUAUGAGACACCCUUCACUCAAAAACUUUCCACAAGUCCCCAGUCAGGCACAACUCCAUCGCAAGUUACGUUACAAAACUCGACUCCUCCAGGUUAUAUGGGAUUGCCUGUACAGUUUAACCAAUCCGAUCCAGGUGUAGCUGCAGAGAUUAAACGAUCGUUGGUCCAACAAGGACUCAACGAGUAUGCUUCGGAUCUGGUGUCGGUAAGACGCCGAUUGCCGGAUCUACGAGACCCUUGGUGUCGUAAUAGCAAGAGUAACCGCUUAUCGUCCGAGCGUCUACCGGCUACAUCUAUCGUGAUCGUGUUCUACAAUGAAGUAUGGUCAGUGUUGACGCGCACAGUGCACUCGGUUUUAGACCGAUCGCCUUCGCACCUGAUUAGGGAGAUCAUACUAGUGGACGAUUGCUCAAAUUUCCCUUUUUUAAAGACGCAACUGGAAGAGUAUUUCGAUGCGUACCCGGUUGUAAGGUUCAUUCGUGCGACGGAGCGACUCGGAUUGAUACGGGCCCGUAUGCUAGGGGCCAAGAAUGCUUCUUCAGAUAUUGUUACCUUCUUGGAUGCGCAUGUAGAGUGUAUGGAAGGUUGGCUUGAGCCUCUACUCGAGGUGGUUGUCCGUAACUCUACGCAUAUAGCUCUCCCGACGAUCGAUCGUAUCGACGAGCGGGACAUGAGCCUCCGAACCAACAUCUCGCUACUACUUGCAGGUGCCUUCGAGUGGGAUCUUAACUUUGGGUGGUGCGAAAGGAAGCAACUUCACCGGAAGUACGCGCAUCCGUACGAACCAUUCGAUACGCCCGCCAUGGCGGGAGGAUUGUUCACCAUCAAUCGAACGUUCUUCGAGCGGAUCGGUUGGUACGAUGAGGGCUACAUUCUAUACGGCAUGGAGAAUAUUGAACUGUCAAUCAAGAGUUGGAUGUGUGGAGGCAAACUACUCACUGUGCCUUGCUCCCGGGUGGGACACGUACAAAAGCACUCCCAUCCCUAUCUGUUUGCUGUGCAGAAGGAUUUGGCGUUCCAUAAUACGGCCCGGUUGGCAGAGGUAUGGAUGGAUGAGUACAAGCAGGUCGUGUUUGACGUGAACGGAUUCCCUCGUUAUUCCGAAGCUCUGUUUGGGUCGGUUGAGAAACGGAAGCGCGCAAGGGAACGUGCCAAAUGUAAACCGUUCCGCUAUUACCUUAAGCAUGCGUUUCCAGAACUUCACAAACCAUCCAUCCAGGGACAGUUUCGUGGAGAAGUACGCAAUCUUGCAUUGGGUGUUCGGUUGUGCCUGACGGUGAAUAAAAAGGGUACCGCUCCGUACAUGGCGCCUUGCAAUGGUCUAGAAAGGACGCAAUAUUGGAGUCAUAGCUACUAUCAGGACAUCAACUCCUACAAAGCUUGUCUCGCUUUUAACGGAUCCACACUGACCACUGCUAUGUGUCACCGACAUCGGGGCAAUCAAAGUUGGAUGUAUGUGAGUGAAACGAAACAAAUUGUUAGCAUGGCGCACAGCAGAUGCUUAUCGAUAAGUGAAAAUUCCAACUUCACGUUGACAUUAGAAAAUUGUGACGCCACAAAGGAGAAGCAAAACUGGUCAGUUAAUCUCGUUACGUACAGUUUCUUAGAAUAA